AUGAUAUUUCAUUUUAUAAAUGUAUCAUUUACACAAUAUGAUAAUACUGUAUAUGGUUAUAAUUAUCCAUAUUCAACUUCAAGUUCUUUAGAUAGUAAUGGCAUGAACUUAUUUGCUGGAAUUACAGGCGAUUUUUUAUCUUCAAUGACAUCAGCACUUAUAUCUGGAAUGGGUAAUGGAGUUACAGAAACAUUUUUGCCAGGAACAACAAAUCUUAAUAAUAUAUAUCCUCAACAAUUUGGAUUUAAUCAUAUUUUUACAAAUAGUUAUUAUCCUAGUAAAUUAUAUCCAUAUACAUCUAAUUAUAUAAAUAAUGAAAAAAAUACCAUACUAAAAAAUAAUGGUUAUGGAAAUUUUUAUGGAGGUUCAUUAAUUGAAACACCAUAUACUUUACCAAAUAUAUAUACAAUUAAUUCACAAUAUAAUUCACCAACAUCUUUUAAUGGUAUAAAUGGACCUAAACCAUUAGGUUCAACAUAUGGAGGAUUUUCAAAUGCAUGGGGUAGACCAAUAAUUCCAGUUAUUUCAUCUAAAGAUACCACAGCAUUUAAUGGAAAAUUUUUAACUGCUCUUAUAUCAAAAAUGAAAUAUCAAAAGGAUUUACAAAUAUCUUCAACAACAUUUUUACCUUUAUUAGAAGAUCAAACAAAAAAAUUAACAAAAUUUUCUACCACAGUAUCAACGGAUGUUGAAGCAAUAAAAAAGAAUAACCUAAAAAGAAGAAAAAGAAAUAUAGUUAAUAAAGAAGUACGUAUUUAA